AUGGAACUACAGGCUUUCUCCAUUGCAACACAAGCCGUAUGUCUAUGUGGCUAUACUUAUGGCGGAGCUGGAAUUCAUCUAUGGAAUGUGACGGUACCAAUGUUCAACUACUUCCAAAAGAUUAUUCUUGUUGCAGCUGUGAUCUACAUCCCUUCCCUCGCUUUCGCUAAGGUCGGCCUUAUUAUUCUUUAUCAUCGUAUAAUGAACCGACAACCCGGCUAUGUCUUGACUCUCCAUAUCAUCUCAGCGAUCAUAUGCGGUUAUAGUAUAGCCCUCAUGUUUGCUUUGGUCUUUGCAUGCACACCAAUCAAAAAGGGAUGGGACUCGUCAAUCACAACAGGACAUUGUGUUAAUCGCAGCGCCUUAUAUAUUGCAACUGCUGCCUUUAAUAUUGCAUCAGACUUGGCCCUUAUUGUUGUUCCAAUCCCUCUGGUCAUGGGCCUACAGAUGCCUCGAAUCCAGAAGUGGGGACUUCUUGCUAUGUUCAUGGUUGGUUGCGCUACGUUCAUCACCAGUAUUCUGCGUCUGCAAACCCUGAUCCCAUACCUCACUGCCACCGAUGUUACAUACGAAAUUGCUCCGCCGCAAAUGUGGAUUUAUAUCGAAGCAAACUUAAUCAUUAUUUGCCCAUGUCUGCCAUUCCUCCGUCAAUUCCUGCGACGCUACUCCCCUGCUUGGAUCGGCGAGGCUACCAGCUCCGGUCGACGAUAUUACAAAGAUUACAGUACGGGUGGUAGUGCUUCACGCAAUCGCCGGAAGCCAGGUCUCACUCUCCUCCAAGAUGAAAUCGCUCUCGCCGAAAGAGCUGAAAGUGCCCACAGCCAGUCCCAUAUUAUCAAAGAGGUUCAGUGGCAAGUGACUGAAGAACGACUAGGCCCGCAAAUAGAGCCAGAGUCUAGCAUUGAACUAUCUCACGGGGCUUAA